AUAGGCUACAUAUCGGCCCUACUCACCUAUCAAACAGCUGAUUGUAGUAAACAAACGUAUGAUGGUACGCAUCACCCACAACUCCUUCCUCUAAAAGGAUCUCCCAUGAGUCACGCUACACGGCAAGUAAAGGCUGUGGCCACCCAUCAACCUACUCCAGUGCAGUAUACUAGUGGCUGGUGGGAUAGUGGAUAUCAUGUGGAAAAGGAUUCAAAAGAAAAUGAAACAGGGUAUAAAGAUAACUCCAGACAACCUUACAAAUGGAAGGGUAUUAGAGGGCAAGAAUGCAACGUAAAAGUCAUGGGCAGGGUGGAACAAGAUGCUGCCAUUCCUGAGCCUCGUGGGGUGCCACUGUGCUCUUUGGCCGAGUUAAAGCUGCGCUUUUUGUGCCCAAGUGACUUACCUGAGGUGAAAGCUUUGUGUCGAGAGUGGUUUCCUAUACAGUACCCAGACAUGUGGUAUGAGGACAUUACAACGAAUCCUCGGCUCUAUGCAUUGGCUGCAACAUUUAACAUGCAGAUCAUUGGUCUUCUGGUGGCAGAAACUAAGCCACUUUCUAAGAUGAAUAAAGAGGUAAGUGAUUAUCUCCUACAUGUUCUCACCACUAACCAGCAGGCCAUAGCCUUUUACCAACGCCACAACUUUGUACGCCAUACAUUUCUUCCUUAUUAUUACAACAUCAAGGGGAAGCCAAAGGAUGCUUUUUCCUACGUGAGAUACGUGAAUGGAGGACAUCCACCAUGGACACUAUUAGAUUACCUCCAACACUGGACUCAAGCACUGACAGCACAUGAAGUAUGUUGGUGGCCAGUUAGACUGUUAUCCAAGUUUUGGGGCCUUAUUGCUCGUUCAGCCACAGCUGUCAUGGCCCACCGCCUCUCCUAGCACAAGAUUUGGAUAAAGACAAGGACUCUCACAUGGUCAGGUCUCAUUCCUAGAGAUGGUAUUUGCAAGGCAGGUAUAUAUAUAUAUUUUUUUUAUAAGUAUAAAUGAAAAGCUUCCAUUUUCAAAUUUCAUAAAAUCUGAAGAGGAAUUACUAUGAAAACAUUGUGUUCUCAUAUGUAGCUCAUAACAGUAAUUCAGUAGCAGAAUAAAUUCAUAGUAGCGCAGUAUAUUUUUAAAAUUUAUUUUGUCUAGUGAAACAAUGAAAUGUACAUUAUAUACAUACAUAUAUAUUAUAUUAAGAAGUGCCAGUGUUUUCCACUUCUAAUUUUACAGCUCAAAAUAUGUUUCAUAAUUAGUGCAGAUUUUUUUUAUAAUAGAAUUCAUAAUUUAGAGAUGAAUAUCUAAUAUUCAACCUUAAAGAUAUGAUGAUGACAGUGAAAGGUCAGUUAAUAGUGUUUCAUAAACUGUUGAUUCUACUGUAUCUCACAUGAUAUAUUAUAUAAUAUAUAAUCCUGACAUUCAUGAAGGUUAAAAAACAAACCUUCCUCUUCAUGAAAAAAAAGUAAUAUGCUAAUAUACUCAAUUACCUAUAUCUCUCUAGUAGUAAAAAAGAAAACAAGAGAAAGAAUAUAGAAGGCAAUUGGAAAUGAAAGUGUUAGUGAAUAUCAUAGUCACAAAAAAAUAUAGAAACCACCUUUGUUGUACUCACUAUUUUACCCAAACAGCACAGCAGCUCAAAACAUGUUCACAUUUCACCAUCAAAUGAUAUUGUGUCUUUGGUUGCAUCAGCGGUGGCCAUAUUGGCUGAGAGGUGAUUGGAACCAUUUUCUUAACUACACUCAGUUUGUUUGCACCAACUUAAUUGACUUGAAAAAGAGAGAGAAAGAAAAAACAAAUGCCUUCUAUUCUUAGGAAAUUAGCUGGUUAGUCAUUCUAAAAUGUGCUGACUUGGUCUCUGUCGACUGGUGAUCAGCCUAAGACAGCUCAAUGUAACUUCCAUUUUCUUAAAGAAAAUUUAUCAAA